AAAAAAUCCAUAUCCUAAGGGCUGCCAAAUCUCACCCUCGGUUUCUUCGCCAACCAUCACGUGAAGAAUUCUGAGCCGCAGUGAUUAGUAAACUCUAUCUCCUGCACCGUAAAGUCCAUUAUUCAGCUACGGUUCACCCAAGCGCUGUCACACUGAUUUCCCCUUGUUCUUGGGUUUCAGCUCAUAUCCUUAUCUUUCUUGUCUUUAGCCGUCACAUCUAAGCAUUCCUUUGCAUAUACCACUUAUUCCAUGGCAGAAGCACCAACAGAGACUCCUAAGUCGCUUGCACAGAUCUCCCACAUCUUCUUGAUCCUAUCGGGGAAGGGUGGGGUGGGCAAAUCCUCCAUCACCACCCAGCUCGCGCUAUCCUUGGCCCUAAAGGGGUUCAAGGUUGGGGUCUUGGACAUUGACCUUACUGGCCCGUCCAUUCCCAGAUUUUUUGGAGUGGAAAACAGACAAGUCCACCAGUCGCUGAACGGGUGGAUCCCCGUUCACGUUGGUUUGGGUAGUAACUCCCCCAACGGUUCCCUAGCUGUGAUGUCGCUAGGUUUCUUGUUGAACGACAGAGGCAGCGCGGUUGUCUGGAGGGGUCCGAAGAAGACAGCCAUGAUCAGGCAGUUCAUUAACGACGUUCACUGGGGUCAAUUGGACUAUUUACUCAUUGACACUCCCCCUGGAACCUCUGACGAGCACAUUGCGAUUGCCGAAGAGUUACGGUUUGCCCAGCCUGAUGGUGCGGUUGUGGUGACUACCCCCCAGCAAGUGGCGGUGAAUGACGUGAAGAAGGAGUUGAAUUUCUGCAGAAAGGUGGGCUUCAAGGUCAUUGGAGUGGUUGAAAACAUGGCUGGGUUUGUGUGCCCUUACUGCGAUGACUGUACAGAUAUCUUCAGCCGCGGUGGCGGUGAAGCGAUGGCUGCUGAGUUUGGCGUUGAGUAUUUGGGCGACGUGCCCAUUGACCCGACCUUUGUCGAGUUGAUCGAGACCCAGGACAGCAAGGAGAACCGUGCGAGCGGUGAGACCUUGUUGAGUUUGUACGGCAAGUGCAAGAUGAAAGUGAAGUUUGCUCCGAUUGCCGAGAAGGUAUUGGCCAGUCAGGGCGAGUCGAGGCUUAAGUUUUAAGCAUGUAUAGGUUUUGAAGAUUUACGGUGUUUAUGUAGCCAAAUACGGUUGUGGCUAUAUUAGGGUUAGGUCUGUAUGGUUGAUAUAUCGGUAUCACUUUAAUGGCGAUGUGGUAUUAAUAACUGUUCACUGCAGUUAUG